AUGCGACCGGCGACGUGGCUGACCACAGGAGUGUGUGCGGCCUGCUGGGUGCUCGUAGCCAGUCUCGAGCUUCAUUACGGCUUCAGUGACUGCGUGGACAACAAGCGCACGCUCUUCUACUACUCCCCGAGCAAGGGCACGUGUCUCGCCAACUCGACAGGCGAAGUGCUCUCGAAACCGCCGGUUCGUGGACUGCGAUGCGAUAUCCAUUGUGGUCAAGGGUUUUAUCUUGGCGCUAACUUUUCCGGGCCCGAGCCCGUCUCUGGAUGCGAACGAUGUCCUGAGGGAAAGUACUCACUGGGUGGAGGUGCACUGUUCUCUCAACGGACAAACGCGUGGAGUGUACCGCUGUCUGCCGAGUUGCAGAGCGACUGCGUGACUCGAAACAUGUUUACGGGUCGUUGGGAACACAACUGCCAUCCAUGGGCACCCUCGAUCGAUGGUUCGUCCAUCUCGUCAGGAGCCAACUCGAGAGUUAUGGAAAACUUCCAAGGCACGAGAUUGUUCUCAACGCUGCGAAUCAGCGCGACUUUUGUGCGGAACGGCUCCGUCACAUACAAGUAUCGCGUGGAUGCAGAGCCGCCUUAUGACGGCUUGAUAUUCCAGAUCGACGACGCCCGAGGGGCUGAGCUCAUUUCGCAGUCGGAUGGAUGGAAAGAAGCCGUCGUGCCGGUGGCUGCUGGAGCACACACGUUGGUGUGGAACUACAUGAAGGACUACACGGGAGAUGCUGGAGAGGACAAGGCUUACAUCAAAGUAAUUGAACUGGUGGGCACGGCUUGGUCGGACCUGCACUGCCACAGCUGCGGUGGAGACAUGACGAAUAAUGGGGGUUCCCUUUGCGCCUUCUGUGGUCCUAACGAGUAUGCAGCUGCAAAGUCUAACAGCGAGCUGGAUUUUACGUGUAACCCGUGUCCACCGAACAUGUACGCCCCAAAAGGGUCUAUCGGUAUUUCUUCCUGUGUCGAGCAGCGUCCGUGCUCAAUCGACGAUGUAAACGAGACGUAUACUGCUUGCAAGGAUGGCGCACGCAACGUCACUUACGCAUGGAUCGAGCCGCAGACGUGCGAUUUGACACUUCAAAAAAGCAUUGAGCUUCCCCGUCCGCUGAAGGGCGUCGAAUGCGCUAGCUGUGCGCGAGGCUACAAACCUGCACAAGGUGACGAGUGCAGUGCUUGUGCUGCAGGACAAGCAAUGACAGCCAUCGGCGACUGCAAAGCUUGUCCUGCUGGUAUGGUUGUUGUCAACGCACUUGAGUAUGGCGUCGGGACACCAGACGGGUGGAGUUCGUGGCCCCAAAUUAUCGAUGCUGAGCGAGCCCAGCAUGCAGGGUGGAAGCUGUCGAAGAGCGGUGUGCGAUUUGCUCAGCAUACGGAUGACGAAGAAGGCGCCGAGUUUUGGAGUCAGCCGAGCCGUUCGGUGCUGUCGUUCGUGGUGCCCUUCAUACACUCUGGCUCGUUGAAUUUGACUUAUCAAUUGAGCAAUGUUCCCACGUCUGCGAACAGCGAUUCACGUGCGUGGGUUGAGCUGGAAAUCCGCGACGCUGAUGACGGCCUGAUCAAAGUUCGAACGAAAAUAGACCUUUCGACCGCUCAGAGGAGUGGUAAUGACAGCGGCAACAGCAGCAGAACGAAAGAAGAUGAAAGCAUCGUCCACCUGCUACAUGGCAGUGAGAAUGGCACGUUCAACGAAGUCGUUCCCGUCAACGUCACAGGUUUGAUUCGAAAGGAGUUUUCUUUCGUAGUACGAGCCAGCAGUGCUAUGGCAAAGCGCGCAAUCGAGGCAAAAUUAUUGUUUUUGGGAUUCACGGGUACUCAAGAAGGUGCCGGCGUGGACUGCGGUCGAUGUCCGCCAGGGUACGAACCAGCACUUUCGGACGACGGCCAAGAAACAAAAGGCUGUCGUAUUUGUCCUGCUGCAAGCCCGGUGCAAUGGCUUGCGCUGCUCCCCAGCGUAGCAUCGGCGCUCGAUGGUUUACAGGUGACGUACAACCUGUCACUAUUGGAGGCGCUUGUGUGGGGCAACAGGAGCUGGAUCUUGGACGAUACAGUGUAUGGAAAUGCGACCAGCCUGCAGUCGACAAAGCCUGUUGAGUCAACAUUGGCUUUCCAGGUGGACAGCCAAAAUUACUGGUUUCCUGGUAUUUUCCGUCCCCUUGGAAGUAGCUGGUUGCAGCAGGUCCCGGGUCAAAUUGUAGACCAACAAGUGGAUACAAGCAGCGAAGUGGCUUACGUGGUUCUUGCGAGUACGGCGAACCCACGUGAAGCUGGCAACUUAUAUCAGCAAAACAGCCCCGUGUACGGCAACGUCAUGUGCUCGGCUCCAGCACAAUGGAAGCUCAUGAACGGUGGAAGCCACAUCGACAUCUUGCCAUUAGAAUCGGGCGCUGGUGUGAAGGUUUCGUUGACGGGCGGAUCGCCGUGCGGUAAUGGCAAAAUGAUGUCUACGACGUUUAAUUUUGUGUGUGAUCUCCGCAGCGGUACGACAAGCGAACCAGCGUCGGCGUCAAAAGACGACAACGAGUGCAAUUGGAACGUUGUCUGGAAAACUGCGUACGCUUGCCCAAUAUGCGAUGAAGACUACUUUAACGAACUUCGCUCGACUUGCAAUGGUGGUGAGCAGUUGGUAUCGUAUGCUCGCAAGUUAGCGUGUUACGGCGGUUCAAAGUCGGAGAGCACUGACACAAUCUCGGCGUGCACGGAGAGCGCAGUGGUGCUCGACACGACUGCCCUCUACUCAGUUUAUGCAGCGGUCGUUAUUGUGGGAUUUGUGGUUCUACUCCUGAUGAUGGCGAUUCUCAUUGUCCAUCGCAAGUACCGUAACGCAUACAACGAUUAUAUGUACUUGAAGGCGAAAUUGCCAACGGAGGAGAAUACGCAGGAGGAUGGGUCGAAGGAGACCGUAUUUGAGUUCACGCCGAAGUCCAAUGCACUACACAGCUCUCCACUAGGCACUAUGUCGCCUUCUGUUUCGUCUGGUCAGGACGCGUUGAAUCCCGACGCUGAUGAUGACGGAGUUGAACUCAAGCUACGCAGCGCUUAA